AUGAAAUCUUCCGAUCGGCUAGGGGGUUUCCCCCACAGACUUCGUGGUCAUCUCCGGGAAGCGCUCUUUUUCGCUUUCGCUGUCGCCAGAUCUCCCCAGGAGCAUAUUGACAUUGCUUGGGCAACUUCACGCAAAUAUUUAUUCUCUGUCAUUUUUAUUUCGCUCGUGUUGUCCAAAUGCUUCCAUAUCUUCGUCCAUCUGAAGUCACUGACGCUUCUCUCCCUUCUCUGGAGCCCCACCUUCUUCUUGGUGGAUAUCAUACUGAUCCUGGUCGCGUGCGGCCUUACCCGGUCGUUUGUAUGGCGGACUACUCGGGACAUAGCAGCUGUGGUCGCUGUAUUAUUCAGUCUUGGUAUAUCUGGAAUGACCGCCGCCAAUAUCUCCUUUUAUGUCCAAACCGGCUUGGAAAUAUACUGGCGGAGAUCGAAGACAUUCCACAAGGAUGUGUCUGCCAAGACUGUUUUGGGCGGGCUGUUCGUCGCAUUCCUCGUCGAGGGAUUGAUUAUGGUUGGUGCAUACUUUGCUACGCCGUAUUUAUACCGUGCUACAGAUGCGCUUCUGCAGAUUUGGGCUUCAGUCUUCUCUGCCGCGUUCAGUCGCUGCCGUCGCAAGAAGCCCUUGCCAGAUCCAGAGGUCUACGAGGAGAUCGCUAUCGAUGACUACGAGGACAGUGACAGCGACUCGGUGGCCCUGCUGGAUACACCCCGGGUGCCGCCCGUGCAGACAACUCAUUCGCUAUUGAAGCGAGCCAUCGUCGUCUUGUGUAGCUCCGUGGUAAUUCUCCUGAGUCUUGUUCGUCCACAGGAUACAGCUUACAGAUACCUCUCUGAGUCCCUACCUUUCGCGCCAUUUGGUGGUCCCAAAUAUCGGCCUGCCCAUGUCACUGCUGCCACAUUACCAGGCUACUUCCCUUUGCUGAAAGACCAUUCUGCUUUGGACCACUUCCCAAAAUUUGACUGGUUACCCGUGGACGAGUCGACAGGUAAAUUCCCGGAUUGGUCGCCAUUCCGCUACCUUGAUUUCAACAGGACCAUCCUAGAAUCCAAGUAUGCACACUAUAACCCGUCGAAAGACCCGUUGCAUAUUCCGAACCUCCAAAACAACAUUUUGGAGCCUCUACGGGACGCCCUUCACAAUGGAAGUGUGAAGAUUAAGCAUGUCAUCCUCGUCAAGUUGGAAAGUACCCGCCAGGACAUCUGGCCUUUCCGCUCCGACUCUUUCAUGAUGGACCUCAUUGAUAAGUCAUACAACAAUGACAGCAUCCCCGAAGACGUCAUGGCCAGACUUUCCAACCUUACCCCCACUGCGGAGAGAUUGACCGGAUUUGAAACGGGAUUCCGUAAGGGUGAAGAGCAUCCUAAGCCCUAUGGUGGCAUCAGUGCAAGCAAAGCUUACACAUCCGGCACCUAUACUUUGAAGAGUAUCACUGGCACUGUUUGUGGUGCCAACCCCAUGGCUGUCGAAAACCAGCUCGAGUACAUGCACGACAUCUACCAGCCUUGCUUGCCGCAGAUAUUCGAAGCAUUGAACCAUCAGCCGAACACCACCGCUGAGGGCGAUGAUUGGACUUCCUGGCCUUGGCACACUAUGUGGAUGCAAUCGCACUACGGUACCUGGGAUAAGCAGGAGCGCCUCACUCCUCAUCUCGGCUACAAAGACAUCAUGACACGGGAGUCUAUCAACGAUAAUGGGAGAAAGUACAUUCCAGAAGAGAAUGAGGAGGAAACACACCAUGGCCAUGAGGACAAGGUCCUGAGGAACUACAUCCGUGAUCUGUUUGCCGAUGCCAAAAAGAACAACACUCGCCUCUUCCUCAGUCAUCUGACCCACAACACCCACACUCCUUAUUUCAUCCCCGGUGAAUAUGAGGAAAUGAUGGGCGAUGCGGAUUCCGGUCUCAAUCAGAAGAUAAGCAGACAUCUCAACACCAUGCACUACCAAGACCAGUGGAUUGCCGAGAUUCUCGAGGUGCUCGAAGAAGCCGGCGUCGCAGACGAGACUCUCCUUAUCAUGGCCGGUGACCACGGUCUAUCACUUCCAAAUGACGGUGGUAUCACGGCCUGGCAUGAUCCUCACGUUGCUAGUUUCCAUGUGCCUCUGUUCUUCUCCCACCCUAAGAUGCCCCAAAUCGAAGUCGACAGCCCUGUCCUCUCCACACAAAUCCUUCCCACUCUCUUGGAUCUUCUAAUUGAAACGGGCUCCAUGGAUGAACAGUCGACAAAGAUCCUCAACGACCUGCUGCCCUUGUACGAAGGCCAGUCAAUGCUACGUCCGCUGAUUACCGAGCAAGACGGCAAGCAAGAAUGGCAUUUCUCUACCAUGAACCCCGGAGGAACAUGGGUUUCCAUGCGAUCCGCCGCCCAGCCGUACCGCCUGGUUGUGCCCCUGGUGGCUGACGCGCCGUGGCGGUUCACUAACGUCGUCGAAGAUCCCUUUGAGCUGUCUCCUCAGGAAGACCUUGAUGUUGUCACUCUGGUUGACGUCGUGCAAAACACUGCUGGCGUCGCUGCAGCCAAGUGGCUGAAUGAGGCUGCGCAUGUGGCUCAGUGGUGGAUUUUGGAAAACAGACGCCGCUGGAAGUAUGAUCCUGAGAACCCAGAGUCGCCCAAUGGGUUGAUUAUUUGA